CCCCUCAUUUUGGCAGAACUUACCAUGUCGACCAGCCGCAAAUUAAAGAGUCAUGGCAUGAGGAGGAGCAAGAGCCGAUCUCCUCACAAGGGAGUCAAGAGAGGUGGCAGCAAAAGGAAAUACCGUAAGGGCAACCUGAAAAGUAGGAAACGGGGUGAUGAUGCCAAUCGCAAUUACCGCUCCCACUUGUGAGUCCCCAGCAGGCUCUGCCCUGGUGCACUUCACACAGCACCAGGCAGCAACAAGAACAGAAGGGGGACUGCCAAGGAGAACUGAUGUUAGAUCAAAGCCAGAGAGGAGCCUAUGGAAUGUGGAUCAAAUGCCAGUUGUGACGAAAUGAGGAAUGUAUAUGUUGGCUGUUUCUCCCCAACAUCUCAAUAAAACUUUGAAAGCAGAAA